AUGUGUUCAGUUGAGACUUUGAGAGAGUUUGUGAACGAGCGACUAACUGCUGCUGCGGAGGAGGAGGAAAUAUUAGGAGUCUUCAAACAACGAAUCAUCGAGUACGAAGAAGAGAUCGAGCGACAGCGCACACUGUUGGCCAUCGUACAUGAGAGUGAUUUAUCAUUACUAAGUCACUUUAAUAAAGAUACUGCCAUUUUUGAAGCCACUAUUAAGGCAUUAAUUUCAGAUCAGAAAAUACAAAUGAAAUACACUUUCCUAGUCCCAGCACACUACUUAAAUGUCUACAAUCACCCUAGUAACCUACUGUAUGUCUCCCCUUUCCCUCCAGACCUCCUACAGCAACAUGUCUGUAAGGAGGACGAGGAUCUCCCUGAACAGUGUGACAUGGAGAGGAACUCCGGUGAGGACCAAGAGGACCCAGAUCCUCCACAGAUUAAAGAGGAACAGGAGGAACUCUGCCGCAGUCAGGGGUGGGGUACCUUUAUGUUGAUUCUAACUUGUGAGGUCCAGACCCUGCUUCUGAACCCUGAUGAAACCCUCGGUGCAACAGAGAGAGAGCCUCCACUCAACAUAGUUCAAAGCUGCAGUGUAUCAGAACCAAACAGUGACCACGAGCUCCUCUCUCACGACCAUCAUGCAGGAUGAGAGAUGCAGAGCCGAAACCCAAAACAAGACGCCUAAACAGAAGCAGCUGCAGUAGUGAUUUAUGUAACUCUACGAUGUUAAAGGUUCACCUGAAUACCCACACAGGUAAACAGUUGUCUAAAUGUGACACCUGUGGGAAAGCUUUCAAUAAGAUGUCCAAACUGAAAAUCCACACGAGGAUCCACA